CACAAGUCAAUUGCACACACACAUUUAUACAUAUAUAUUAAAAAAUGACAUAACCAAACGCGACCAUUAGAGCAACGAAACAGAGCAUCUCUCUGUAUCUCCUCCUCCUCCUCUCCAAGUCUCUCUCUCUCCACCAUGAGCUUCCGCGACGAUGGCGAUGACGACUUCAAUGAAUCUUUCCGGUUCCGUCACAAGAAUCCUUACAGCAUCAGCGGAAAAAUCAUGGUCACAGCCAUAACAUCACUAUCCAUCGUCAUUGUAGUCGUUGCGGCGCUUCACAUUUAUGCAAGGUGCGCUCUACGACGCCAAGCCCGUCGCCGCCGGGCCGUGUUUCAUGGAUUGGGCCUAACCGUAAACCAAGUGCACGAACCACCCAAGGGACUUGAUCCGACGGUCAUCGCUUCGCUCCCCAUAUUCGUAGUCAAACAAACGGACGGUCAAGAUCGUGACACAAUGACUCCGGUGGAGUGCGCUGUUUGUUUGAGUUUGUUAGAGGAGGAAGAGAUGGCGAGGCUGUUGCCAAACUGUAAGCAUACUUUUCAUGCCGAGUGUAUAGACAAGUGGUUGACGUCACAUUCUACGUGCCCUAUUUGCCGGGCCGAGGCGGAGCCGCGGCUGCUGCAACCGGAGCCCCGGGAGGGCCCGGCAGGUGAAGCGGCCUCCGCGCCACCGGUGGAUCGUGCAUUAGUGUGCAUUGAAGGAUCAUCGGAAUCUGAUGGAGGAGCUAAAUUCAUUGGCUCCAGCCCGCGAUUGAAUUCGUUUCGAAGAAUGUUGAGCAGAGAUCGAUCUUUCAGGAGACUGCAGGAAGAUCAUUCGGUAGAUUUAGAAAGACAGUGAAUUUUGGUAAUAUAUUUUUUUUCUUAAUAUAUUGAACUUUUAUUGUUUGUCUUAAAAUUUGAAGUUGGACUACCUUAUAUUUCAGUACAUAAUACAGAUUAUACAUGUAGAUACAUUUUUCAGUGAUUA